GGAGGAGAGUGGCAGCAGCAGUCGCAGCAGGAAACAGUGGGUCGGCCGCUGGAGGGGCGCGCGGGGGAUUGUGGGAUCGCGGCGGUGAGAGCAAAAAAAAAAAAAAAGUGAAGGGAGAGCGCGAGCGAGAGAGCGACACCCCCGCGAGCGAAGGAGGGGGCUCGAGCCCGCAAGCCAUGUUCUGGAAGUUUGACCUCCACACGACCUCUCAUAUCGACACCCUCUUGGAACGUGGCAACGUGACCCUCUUUGAGCUUCUGGAUGAAGAGGAUGUGCUGCAGGAGUGCAAGGUGGUCAAUCGAAAGCUGGUGGACUUCCUGGUGCAGCCCGAGCACAUGGAGGCCCUGGUCACCUGUGUGACUGAGGAGCCCCCCGGAGAUGUGGAUGAGAGAGUGCGCUACAAGUACCCAAGUGUAUCAUGUGAAAUUCUGACGUCGGACGUCACUCAAAUAAACGACGCUUUGGGUGAGGACGAAUCCCUCUUGCGUCGCCUCUACAGCUUCCUCCAGACUGGCAGCAUUCUCAAUCCGCUACUGGCCAGUUUCUUUAGCAAGGUCAUGGGGAUCCUGAUCAACCGCAAGACUGAUCAGAUAGUUGCCUUCCUGCGCAAGAAGGACGACUUCGUCAACCUGCUGCUGUGCCACAUUGGUACCUCGGCCAUCAUGGACCUCCUGUUGCGGCUUCUCACCUGUGUAGAGCAGCCACAGCUCAGGCAAGAUGUGUUCAAUUGGCUUAAUGAGGAGAAGAUUGUCCAGAGGCUUAUUGGGAUGAUCCACCCUUCAAAGGAUGACAAUCAACAUUCCAACGCUUCGCAGUCCCUGUGUGACAUCAUCCGGCUGAGCCGCGAGCAGAUGAUCCAAAUCCAGGAUAGUCCCGAGCCGGACCAAUUAUUGGCCACGCUCGAGAAGCAGGAGACGAUUGAGCAGCUGCUAAGCAAUAUGCUGGAUGGAGAACGGAGUGAAUCCGUCAUUGUCAAUGGCAUCCAGGUCUUGCUGACCCUGCUGGAGCCGCGCAGACCCAGGACGGAGCUGGGGGGCAUGGGGGGCUUUUACUGCAACCUGGAGGGGCAGAUGGAGAUAACCGGGCCUAACUGUGAAGUGGCUUCCAGCCAGGCCAGUCUGGGCACUCUGCUUGCCAUCAAACAGCGCCUCAGGGAGCUUCACCAGCUGCUCCUCGACCCACCAAAGAAAGAGCCUCUUCAGACAACUUGGGGGAUCCUAGACCCGCCACUGGGAAACACACGCCUACACGUGGUGAAGCUGCUGGCCAGCUCGCUGGGCACCGACAAUGCGGCGCUGCGGGAUGAGAUUAUAGAACUCGGGGCUGUCAACACAAUGUUGGACCUCUACUUCAAAUACACAUACAACAACUUCUUGCACGCUCAGGUGGAGGCCUGCCUUAGCAAUGUUUUCAGCUCCCCUGCUGGGGAGGAGACUAUUGAAAACCACUCGAAGCCCCUGCCAGAGAACCCCGUCAUCCAGCAUUUGCUGCAGAAGUGUCGCUUAAUCCAAAGAAUUUUGUCUGCCUGGGAAGAAAAUGAGCAGUCACAGUCAGAUGGGGGCAGACGGAUGGGCUACAUGGGGCACCUUACCCGCAUUGCCAACGCCUUAGCACAAGGCUCUGAGAAGUGGCCCCACUCCACCCUCAUCAAGCAGCUUUUGAAAGAGCUACCAGAGGAUGAACAAGAGCAGUGGGAGAAGUUUGUCUCGGGGCACUUGUCAGAGACUAACAAGAAGAACACUGUGGAUCUCGUUAACAUGCACAACCUCCACUCGUCAAGUGAUGAUGAUGAGAAUGACCUCAAGGAGUUCAGCUUCCCCCAGGAGGCUGUGCUGCAGCAGGCCUUUGUGGAUUACCAGCUGCAGCAGAUGACUUCGGCAUUCAUUGAUCACUUCGGUUUUAAUGAUGAAGAGUUUGGCGAACAGGAAGAGAACGUCAAUGCUCACUUCCGACAGCUGAAAAGUGCCCCCUUUGACAAGACGGCCAACAUCACCUUCUCCUUGAAUGCAGAUGAUGACAGUCCCAACUCCAACCUCUUCGACAUUUGCUACAAGGAACGGAUCCAGCAGUUUGAUGACGAUGAAGAGGCUGAUGGUUCUGACGGGGAAGACAUCUGGCAAGAAAAGGAAGCUGCUGUCUCUUCUGGCAAUGCACAGCCCACGGCUGCCAGGGGGGUUGGAAGCACGGAUAGUGAGGACAGUGAAGACUCUGAAGAAGAGGGUGAAGAGGAAGAUCCUGGUGGGGGAGACGGAGACACCACUCACAUCAGCAACGGCUGCAGUGAACAAACGGAGGAGGAGCGAGCAUCAGGAGAUCCUGGCUGGGCAGACAGUACCUCAACUGCGCCUCCCCAACCUGUGGCUGCUGACACAGGAGCAGCAGUGUGGGACAGGCCAAAUUCGGAUUCCUCCUGCUCCACCACAGAUGAGAACUGGGCCUCCUUCACAGAACCCCGCACGCAGCAGCAAGAAAGUCCCUCCAAAGCACCCACAGGUCCUGCUUCCCCUGCCAGCCUCCCUCAGGAAGUGACGCAAAGCAAUGUAUCCCCCACCGAAGCCUCUAGUGUGCAACAGGAUCCACCCACUCCAGACACAGGCCCCCCAGAAGGGUGUGACCCGCUACAUCCUUCCGCCGUGACAACAGUAGCCAGAUCCUGA